CCUUCUCGGACCGGAAAAGGCGGGGAAUGAGGCGGAAGUGGAGUGAGUGUUGACAGGAGCUGGAAGGCGCUUCAGCGGAGGCCUUGGAGCAGUCCAGGGCCGGCCUCGGGUCGGGAUGAUUCCCACGGAGGAGGCCUCGGCCCGGAGGAGAGAGAUAGAGGAGAAGCUCAAGCAGGAAGAAGAGACAUUGUCUUUUAUUAGUGAGAGCUUAGAAAAAAGUGACCAACUCACCAAAAACAUGGUUUCCAUUUUGUCAUCUUUUGAAAGUCGUCUGAUGAAGCUGGAGAAUUCAAUUAUCCCUGUCCAUAAGCAGACUGAAAAUCUACAGCGUCUGCAGGAGAAUGUUGAGAAGACACUUUUCUGUUUGGACCAUGUUAUAAGUUACUACCAUGUAGCAAAAGACACAGAGAAGAUAAUAAAGGAAGGCCCUACAGGGAGACUAGAAGAAUAUUUGGGCUGCAUGGCUAAAAUCCAAAAGGCUGUGGAGUAUUUCCAGGACAAUAAUCCUGACAGUCCGGAACUUAAUAGAGUGAAAUUGCUGUUUGAGAAGGGGAAGGACUCAUUGGAAUCUGAAUUUCGUAGCCUUAUGACCCGAUACUCCAAACCAGUCCCACCCAUCCUGAUACUGGAUCUCAUAGCUUCGGACGAUGAAAUAGAAACCCAGGAAGAGGUCACCUUGGAACAUCUCCCAGAGAGUGUCCUACAAGAUGUUGUCCGUAUUUCUGGUUGGCUGGUGGAGUAUGGGAGGAACCAAGACUUCAUGAAUGUUUACUACCAGAUCCGUUCCAGCCAGUUGGAUCGCUCUAUCAAAGGGCUGAAGGAACACUUCCGGAAGAAUAGCUCUUCCUCUGGGGUUCCUUAUUCCCCUGCCAUUCAGAACAAGAGGAAGGACACACCGACCAAAAAACCGAUCAAAAGACCUGGUCUCUUUCUCUUUCCUGUGGCUCUGGUGACAGGCACGAUCCGUAAGGCUCAGAACCUUCUGAAACAGUAUUCUCAGCAAUGUCUAGAUGGGAAAAAGGGGGCCUCUAACCUCAUUCCUAUGGAAGGUCAUGAGCAUGAUUUACGAGUUAAACAUCUUUCCGAUUCCCUGGUUGACAAGCAUGGGCCGGCUGCUGGGAGAGAUGACAUGUUGGACAUGGAAAUUGAUGCAUACAUCCACUGUGUUAGUUCCUUCAUCAAACUGGCCCAAAGCGAGUACCAACUCCUGACUGAAAUUAUCCCAGAACACCACCAGAAGAAGACUUUUGAUUCUCUUAUCCAGGAAACUUUAGACAACUUAAUGAUAGAGGGUGACAACAUUGUCUCUGCAGCUCGGAAGGCCAUCAUGCGCCAUGAUUACUCAGCAGUGUUGACUAUCUUCCCCAUCUUGAAACACUUGAAACAGACAAAGCCAGAGUUUGAUCAAGUUUUGCAGGGCACUGCAGCCAGCACCAAAAACAAGCUGCCAAGCCUCAUAACUUCAAUGGAGACCACAGGAGCCAAGGCUCUGGAGGACUUUGCAGAUAACAUUAAGAACAAUCCUGACAAGGAGUAUAACAUGCCAAAGGAUGGGACAGUCCAUGAACUCACCAGCAAUGCCAUUCUCUUCCUGCAACAGUUGCUGGAUUUUCAAGAAACGGCUGGUGCCAUGUUGGCAUCCCAAGUUCUUGGGGACACAUACAAUAUUCCUUUAGAUCCCAGAGAGACUAGCUCUUCAGCCAGUAGCUACAGUUCUGAAUUUAAUAGAAGACUUCUCAGUACCUACAUCUGCAAAGUUCUGGGCAACUUACAAUUAAAUCUUCUCAGUAAAGCCAAAGUUUAUGAGGAUCCAGCUUUAAGUGCCAUCUUCCUGCAUAACAAUUACAAUUACAUCCUGAAGUCCCUUGAAAAGUCCGAAUUAAUCCAGUUGGUGGCUGUGACACACAAGACACCAGAAAGAUCUUACCGAGAACACAUUAAACAGCAGAUUUUAACUUACCAGCGCAGUUGGUUAAAAGUAACAGAUUACAUCACAGACAAAAAUUUGCCUGCCUUCCAACCUGGAGUCAAGCUCAAGGAUAAGGAGAGGCAGGUGAUCAAGGAACGCUUUAAGGGCUUUAACGAUGGCCUAGAGGAGCUGUGCAAAAUCCAGAAGGCUUGGGCUAUCCCUGACACAGAACAGAGGGACAAAAUCCGGCAGGCCCAGAAGACCAUUGUGCAAGAGGCCUAUGCUGCCUUCCUGAGCAGGUAUGGUAAUGUGCCCUUCACCAAGAAUCCUGAGAAGUACAUUAAAUACAGAGUGGAGCAAGCAGGCGAGAUGAUUGAGAAACUCUUUGACACAUCUGCUUGAACCCACUGCCUGUGGAUCCAUGGUUUCCUAUUCUUUUUUCCAGCUGUCUAUGAAGUCCUAUGCUUUAUGCUAGUAUUUAUAAACUCCUAGAAACACAA